AUGAUUUCUUUUGAAAAUUUAGCUAUUGAUGAAAGUUUAGUGCUUUGGAAAGGAAGAUUAUCGUUAAAAAAAUUAAUCAAAACCAAACGUCACAGUUUUGGCAUUAAAAUAUUUGAGUUGUGUAAUGUUGAAACCGACUUUAUACUUGACAUCAUUAUAUAUACUGGGAGUACCACUGAGUAUAAAAAAAUUGACCCUAGCCUUGGAAUUUUUGGUGCUGUUGUGAACACACUUAUCAAACCAUAUUUGAAUAGAGGCCAUAAAUUAUUCAUAGAUAAUUGGUAUUUAUCACCAUCCUUGGCUAACUAUCUUCAUAAGAAAAAUACCAACGUCACAGGGAUAGUUCGAAAAAAUUGA